CACUCUUGGCUAUUGAAUUAUUGAUUUUAAUUUUGAAUAUUUUGCGGCGUUGCCAGACUUGAUGCGCUUAUUUACAAAAUAUAUUUGUGAAAUUAUUCUCACUUAUUACUCUUAGCCUUAUUUAACUUCUCAGCAGCAAUGGCAAACAUAUUAGACACAUUAAUCUGUGCAUCUGAAAAAGCUGCUUCUAUUGCCCGUUCAUGUUGUGAAAGUAACUGCAGUGAAUCCUUACUAGUUGUCGAAAAGGGUGAUAGCGAAGCAAAUGUACGAUUUAACAAAGACUAUAAAACCAUUGCCGAUGUUUUAGCUCAAGAGACUGCAAAGUCGUUUAUAGUAUCCCAAUUCCCUAGUCUUUUAAACGAUGUCAGAGGAGAAGAAUGUUCUGAAAUUGGAGGGUUAACAAUAUCUAUUCAGGAUUCUGUGGAAAAAACAACUAAUUUACUAAGUUCUUUAGUGCCCGAGGGCAUGGCCAGGUGCAUGGCAAAUGCAGCCCAUGAUGAGGUCCAUUCUCCAUGUGAUAAAGAAUAUUAUCCUGACAUUACAACAUUAGAUUACUCCGACUUGGGCAUUUGGAUAGACCCUAUUGAUGCCACAGCUGAAUUUAUAGCUGGUGUUUGUGGUAAUGCCGCUCCAGGUUUUGGUCUGGACUGUGUUACAGUACUCAUUGGGGCAUAUUUGAAGUCAACUGGUCAACCUGUUAUAGGUGUGGUAAACCAACCAUUCUAUGAUAGUGGUAAAGGAAGAAUAAUUUGGGGUGUUAGCUACGGUGACAUUCAAAAGUGUUCAGUUGAUGUUGUCAGCUAUGAUGACAACAAAAUCAUAUUAACAAGUAGUUUUGAACAUGAGGAUACUUUGAAGAAAUUUAGAGAUGAGGGAUGGCAAAUACAAUCAGUUCCAGGUGCAGGCAAUAAAAUGAUAAAAGUGGCAUUAGGUGAAGCAGCAGCCUAUUUUGUUUCCAAGGGAACAUUCCGCUGGGAUACAUGUGCACCCCAUGGUAUAAUUCGCUCCUUGGGGGGUGAUGUUACAUCUUAUAAAAACUACAGAACUAUUACUUAUAACGAUGCUAAAGAAUUGCCAACCCAAAAAUAUUGUAACAAUGAUGGAGUGGUAGCUUUUACAAAACAAUCUGUUUUUGAUGAAAUUAAAUCGAUUCUGGAAACUUAAAAAGUAAGUUAUAACUAUUUUUUAUCUUGCUAGACGUUCACACAUUGUCAAAAAUAUAUUUUCAGAGUAUUGUUCGUAGUCCAUGGAUGUUGGAUAAGGGUGAUCUUUGUUCAUUACUAUAAAGUCCAAAAAUUUAAUUAUUCAAAUUCAAAGCUCUGAGACACCAUAUUUUAUCUAAAUCCAAACUUUAUGUCUCAACCACGGACUAGUAAAAAAAUAAGGACUCCUUGUCACCUUACAUAACAGUGUAGCACCAAAACAGGCUUGUUUCGUUAAUCUGCUGAUUAACAUGUAAAUAAUAAAUGUGUGCGUGGGGCUAUGGCCACACACACUUACACGACUACAGGCCGAUAGGCGGCCAUUAUGAAAAUUGUCAUUGUCUGUGCCAGAUCAGUUUGUGUCUCAAUAAAAUAUUUUAAAAAUGCCGUCGUGUGUUGUGAAAAGUGUAAAAACGAUACUAUAUAAGUAUUUGUGGCCACAUAUGAUUAUUUAAGGGAGAAAAAAUUGUGUAACUAGUAUGCCCCGUAACUGCAUACACACUAGCAUAAAGGUGCUUCACUUGCUAAUAUCAUGGCGCGGUAACUUAAAUAAUUUGGGUAGAGCAGUAAUGAUAAAUCCUAAACAUUGUAUUUCACCUAUUUUCGGGAUCCAGCAUUUUAAUUUAUAAUUAAUGGAGAUACAAUAAGGCCCUUAGCAAGUCUGUAAUGUUUUUAAACAAAUAAGAUCACUUGCUUCAUGUAUAAUGUAAUAAACAUCUUUUGUUAUUUGUAAUUUUAAACAGUGUUGUGCUUUGGAAGUUUGAGAAGCUUAACAGUUUGUAUAUCUCGAAACAGUCUUACUUCUUAUAAUUUGUGUAGUGCAUGUUUUAUCUUUUUAAAAAAUUUCUCGCAUAAAAAUAUUCUAAAAUCGUCUAUAUUGUGAAACCAGUGGGUCUAUAGAAUUUUUCUCUCAAGUUUGAAUUCCUGAAACUUUCAAUGAAUGGAAUUACAAUGCCAAGUCUCCUAUGUAAAAGGCUGUUGCUUUCUUAUCAGUGCUUUUAACUUUGUUAAUCAAAUGACAAGAACUGUCUCAUUUAUGAGAUAAAAUAUAUUUCCAAGUUUAUUUUUCUCUACGGUUGGAAUAGCUAAGUAUUGUCAUUAAAUAAAUACUAUUUAAUUUAAAUUAUUUGAUUAUGGGUUAAAUUACCUAGUUUUUUUACACUAAAUGUUGUUGCUAAUUUAUUUUUCAUACUUUAGUAGUAUCACCUUGCAGAUACCAAUUUUAGGUCCUUUUAAUGUAUAAUCAUUUUGUCUGAAAUGAUGAAAAGAACUAACUCCAUUUGAAUAAAUUUAAAACUGCUUUUAGAUAUUUUUGUAGAUAAGUGUUUCUACAGUUUAUCUCAUUAUUUUAAUGUCAGUCUUUAUUAUAUGAUGUACCUAAUUACCUAAUGUUUUGUGUCCAUAAGUACCUGAUUAAUUAUGAUCUCUAUUAGUGAUAAUCAGAUUAUAUUUAUUGAAAAGUGUUCUAUUUAAGUAAUAAAACUAUUUGUUGAAC